GAGGACGGAGCAGAGUCUCCAGUAUCCAGCUGUCUGUCUAUGGAGAGCGACUCGUCCAACAAUGAACCUCCAAACUUCAGUAAUGAACCUGGACCCUCAGACACAAAAGAGAGGAAGAGGAAGAGGAAGAGGAAGAGGAGGGAUGUUUCUGUGGAGGAGCAGCAGUCCUGUUGUUCUUUGUGUCAGGACGUCCUGAAGGAUCCAGUCUCUACCAGCUGUGGACACUGGUUCUGCAGACAGUGCAUCAGCUCAUACUGGGACCAGUCUGUUUCAUCAGGAGACUCCUCCUGUCCCCAGUGUGCAGAAAGAUCCAGAACAAGACCUGGACUGCAGCAGGGGGGCAUAAUGGAGAAACUUAAAGAGGAGCUCUUGAAUACUCUGAAGAACUUAACUGAAGAUGAGUUUAAUGAGUUCAAGUGGUUCCUGAAGGAGGAUGACAUCCUGGAGGGCUUUAAAGGUAUCCCAGUGGCUCAGCUGGAGAAAGCAGGAAGGCGGGAAACAGUGGAUCUAAUGGUACAGAAACAUCAGGAUCAUGGAGCUCUGCAGCUGACCAAGAAGGUUUUAGAAAAGAUCAGCAGGAAUGAUCGGGUGCAGCGUUUACAAAACUCCCCCUCAGGACCAAAAGCAGAAACUGGUCUGCAGGAUGUUUCAGAAUAUAAGAACAGUCUGAGGAAGAAAUGUCAACAUGUGACUGAAGGAAUUGAUGAAGAUGAAAGAACCCUCCUCAAUGAUAUCUACACUGAGCUCUACAUCACAGAGGGACGGAGUGAAGACGUUAAUACCCAACAUGAGGUGAGGCAGCUUGAGACAGCUUCCAAGAUGAAGACCCACCAUGACACUCCAAUCAAGUGUCACGACAUCUUUAAACCCUCACCUGACAAACAGAAAUACAUCAGAGUCGUUAUGACGAACGGCGUCGCUGGCGUUGGAAAAACCUUCUCAGUGCUGAAGUUCACUCUGGACUGGGCAGAUGGCUCGGAAAACCAAGAUGUCAGUCUGGUGAUUCCAUUUUCAUUCAGGGAGCUGAACUUGAUCAAAGAUAAGCGGUACAGUCUCCUCAUGUUGAUCCAUAAGUUCCAUCCAACAUUACAGGAGGUCACAGCAGAAAAUCUCAAGUCUAAAGACUGUAAAGUUGUGUUCAUCUUUGACGGCCUGGAUGAAAGCAGACUUAAACUGGAUUUCAACAACAGGAAGGAGGUUGUAUCUGUCACACAGCAGUCAUCAGUCAACAUGCUGUUUACAAACCUCAUCGAGGGGAAGCUGCUUCACUCGGCUCUCAUCUGGAUAACUUCCCGACCUGCAGCAGCCAAUCAGAUCCCUCCUACAUGUGUUGACAGGGUAACAGAAGUACGAGGCUUCACUGACGACCAGAAGGAGGAGUACUUCAGGACGAGAUUCAGUGAUGAAGAUGAAGAGCUGUCCAACAGAAUCAUCUCACACAUCAAGACAUCCAGGAGCCUCCACAUCAUGUGUUACAUCCCAGUCUUCUGCUGGAUCACUGCUACAGUUCUGGAGCAGAUGUUGACUACAGACCAGACAAGAGAGCUGCCCAAGACCCUGACUGACAUGUACUCACACUUACUGCUGCUUCAGACAAAGAGGAAGAAGCACAAGUAUGAUGGAGGACAUGAGACGAGUCCACAGGAGCUGACAAAAGCUGACAGGAAACUUCUUCUGAAGCUGGGGAGGCUGGCGUUUGAACAACUGCAGAAAGGAAACAUCAUGUUCUACCAAAAAGACCUGGAGCAGUGUGGUCUUGAUGUCACAGAGGCCUCGGUGUUAUCAGGAUUUUGUACAAAGAUCUUCAGAAGAGAGAAUGUGAUCUCCAAGAAAACAGUCUACUGCUUUGUUCAUCUGAGUGUUCAGGAGUUUCUGGCUGCAGUCUACAUGUACCACUGUUACACCAACAGCAACACAGACGUACUGAAGGACUUCCUGGGAGAAGACUUCAAAUGCAGCAAAUCAACUCUCAGGAAAAUUCUUGCUUUUUUCAGAAAUAAUGAUUACCCUGACUCAUCUCUGGAUGACUUCCUGAAGAGAGCGAUGGAGAAAUCUCUCAAAAGUAAAAAUGGCCACCUGGAUCUGUUUGCUCGCUUCCUUCAUGGCCUCUCUCUGGAGUCCAACCAGAGUCUCUUAGGAGGCCUGCUGGGUCAGACAGAGAACAGUCCAGAAACCAUCCAGAGAGUCAUCAACAACCUGAAGGAGAUGAACACUUGUUAUAUCUCUCCUGACAGAAGCAUCAACAUCUUCCACUGUCUGAUGGAGAUGAAUGACCUCUCAGUACAUCAGGAGAUCCAAGAGUUCCUGAAGUCAGAGAACAGAUCAGAGAAGGAACUCUCUGAGUUCCACUGCUCAGCUCUGGCCUACAUGCUGCAGAUGUCAGAGGAGGUUCUGGAUGAGUUGGACCUGCAGAAGUACAACACAUCAGAGGAGGGACGACAUAGACUGAUCCCAGCUGUGAGGAACUGCAGAAAGGCUCUACUUUCUGGCUGUGACCUCUCAGAGACUCACUGUGAAGUUGUGGCCUCAGCUCUGAAGUCCAACCCCUCCCAUCUGAGAGAGCUUGAUCUGAGUGGAAACCUCCUGGAGGAUGGUCCGACUGGUUCAAGAUUGAAGCCUCUAUCUGCUGGACUGGAGAGUCCAAACUGUAGACUGGAGACUCUGAGAUUGUGGCUCUGCAGGUUGUCAGAGACCAGCUGUGCUUCUCUGGUCUCGGCUCUGAAGUCCAACCCCUCCCAUCUGAGAGAUCUGGAUGUAAGAGGAAACGACCUGAAAGUCUCAGGAUUAAAACUACUGUGUGAUUUUCUGGAGAGUCCAGACUGUAGACUGGAGACUCUGAGAUUGAGUGGCUGCAGUUUGUCAGAGAUCAGCUGUGCUUAUCUGGUCUCAGCUCUGAAGUCCAACCCCUCAUCCCAUCUGAGAUAUCUGGAUCUAAGAGGAAAUAACUUGAAGGACUCGGACAUGAAACAGCUGUCUGAUCUUAAGGAGAGUCCAGACUGUAGACUGGAGACUCUGAGAUUGACUGACUGCAGUUUGUCAGAGAUCAGCUGUGCUUCUCUGGCCUCAGCUCUGAAGUCCAACCCCUCCCAUCUGAGACAUCUGGAUCUGUCAAGAAACGACGUGUGUGACGUGAAGCAGCUGUGUGAUUUUCUGGAGAGUCCACACUGUAGACUGGAGGUUCUGGAAUUGUGGAGCUGCAGGUUGUCAGAGAUCAGUUGUGCUUCUCUGGCCUCAGCUCUGAAGUCCAACCCCUCCCAUCUGAGAUAUCUGAAUCUGUCUGACAACGACGUGUGUGACGUGAAGCAGCUGUGUGAUUUUCUGGAGAGUCCACACUGUAGACUGGAGUUUCUGAAAUUGAUAUGCUGCAGGUUGUCAGAGACCAGCUGUGCUUCUCUGGCCUCAGCUCUGAAGUCCAACCCCUCAUCCCAUCUGAGAUCUCUGUUUCUAUCAGGAAAUGACCUGAAGGACUUGGACAUGAAGCAGCUGUCUGAUCUUCAGGAGAGUCCAGACUGUAGACUGGAGUAUCUGGAAUGGAGGUCGUAUUGAUCUCUGUCAGAGUGUGAGUGAACAUCCAGGAGUGUGUGUUGAGAGAGGAUCAGCUGGAUCCUGAUGAUCCAUCUGGACCGGAGUCUGGAUCUGGAUUUUGUCAUCUUCACUUAAGUUUCUUAACUGACUACAAACUGAACAGUUAUCUCUGGAUUUUGUUGAAUCAGCACUUUACAGAUGUGUUAUACAUGAGCUGUUUGAUGCAGAAAAGAUUAAAAACAGGUGUUAUAAGUCAGACUCUGACCCUCGGCCCAUAUUGAUCAAGCGUCUCAGAAUCACACUGAGAGUUAACGAGGACUAAAACUAAUUAAU